AUGAUUCACAGGUCGAUGGAGCCGGAGUUCUGCUACGGGAAUGGCUCGUGUGUGAGGACGGUCUACCCUGUUGCUGUCCGCAUCACCCUCUACUUUGGCCUGGGGUCUGCUGUGGUCCUCACAUUGCUGGGAAACCUCUUUGUGGUCAUGGCCAUCGCUCACUUUAAACAACUCCACACACCUCCCAACUACCUGACCCUCUCCCUGGCCGUAACCGACCUCCUGCUGGCGGUGAUGGUCAUGUUCCCUGGAAUGAUUCUUUCCAUUGAAACCUGCUGGUACUUCGGGGAGAUGUUUUGCAAGAUCCACAAGAGCUCCUCCGUCUUGCUGUGUACCGCGUCCAUCUUGAACCUGUCCUUUAUAUCCAUCGACCGCUAUUAUGCCGUGUGCCGCCCUAUGCUCUACCCCCGUAAGAUAACGGUUCACACCGCAGUCAUCAUGAUCCUGGUCACAUGGUGUGUCUCUGCUGUGGUCGGCUUUGGGAUGGUCUUCCUCGAGCUUAAUAUAUUAGGAAUUGAGGAGUUCUACUAUAACUAUGUGGCCUGUGAAGGAGGGUGUGUAUUGUUACAGAGCGGGGUGUCCAGCACCGUGUCAUCCAUUAUCUCCUUCUACAUCCCCGGGGUCAUCAUGUUGGGCAUCUACCUGAAGAUCUACAUGGUGGCCCAGAGACAAGUGCGCACCAUAGGCCUACAGAACACCAGCUCCUCAAAGGUGGACAAGCACCAGAGGAAAGCCACCAAAACACUGGCCAUCAUCAUGGGUGUGUUUCUGUCCUUCUGGACGCCAUUCUUCAUGCUUAACAUCAUCAACCCCUUCAUCAGAUAUUCCAUUCCGCCCGCCUUGUUCAACACAUUCGGAUGGCUGGGGUAUCUGAAUUCCACCAUCAACCCGUUGGUGUACGCCUUCUUCUAUAGUUGGUUCAGGAAGGCGUUUCAAAUAAUGGUUUCUGGUCGCAUCUUUCGGUCUGACAUGUCGGACAAAAAACUGUUUGCGGAGUGA